UGUUUGACCUUUUUGCUUUUUCACUUUUCCAAAAAUGUUUCUACACAGUACCAAUCUUUCUUCCACUGUUUGCUUUAGUUUGUGUCCAUAUCAUAGAAUGGUCCGUGUUGUAAAAUAAGUCAAAGUAUUCUUGAAUAUCGGAACCCUUCUGCUAGAUUGUCUAAUGUCAGUUUUUUUCUGGCACUCCUUUUUCUUCGUCUUCUUCCUCAUCAUCUGGCACUGGUUCGGCAGCGUUCAUCUCCAUCAAGUCGUCUUGUGUUAAUUCCUCUGGUGUGGUGUCUGAUAGCUCUUGAAUCCAAGAUCCAUGUCUUGAAACCCUUCAUCCGCUCCCCCCUUUUUGCCGUAUCCACAAUCUCUUUCAUGAUAUCCUUGAUUGACUUGGUCGUAAAUUCUGGGAAUUCAUGCACAACAUCUGGACACAGUUUUCUCCAGCAGCAGUUAUUGUUUUGGGCUUGGUGACUUUCACAGCCUUUUCUAUAACGAUGGCGUCUUCAGUGGUGUAAUUUUUCCAGACUUUCAUGAUGUUCUGUCUAUGAAGGCUCUCUUCCAUAGUGUUGACAGUCUUUUCUGUAGAGUACUGUGUAUAAUGAGCCUUAAAGGUCCUUAUGACCCCCUGAUCUAGAGGCUGAAUUAGAGACAUUGUGUUUGGGGGCAGGUGGACCACUUCGACACCUUUGGUGUUGAAUUCAUGGGGUUCUGGGUGGGCAGGGGUGUGGUCCAAUAUCAAAAGAACUUUAAAGGCUGUCCCUUACUGGCAGGGUACUUCCUGACUUCAGGGACAGAGCAUCAAUGGAACCAAUAAAAAAAAGGGUUCUCGCUGUCCAGGUCUUCUUGUACAACCAAAAGACUGGCAGCUGGGGUCUGUCUUUUCCCUUCAGGGCUCUAGGGUUAGCAACUUUAUAGAUAAGGGCAGUACUGAUCAUAAACCUGACUGCAUUUGCACAAAGCAGUAGGGUUAGCCUGUCCCUUCCAGCUUUAAAUCGUGUUGCUCACUUCUCUUUCUUACUAAUAUAUGUCGUUUCUGGCAUUUUUUUUGCAGAAUAGGGCACUUUGAUCUGCAUUAAAAACUUGUUCAGGCAGGUAUCCUUUCUCCUCAAUGAUUUUCUUAAUGGCUCUGGGAACUUGUCUGCUGCCCCUUGGUUGGCAGAACCUGCUUCUCCUGUUAUCUUGACACUUUCAAAGCCAAACCUCUUUCUACAAUUAUCAGACCAUCCUUUGCUGGCAUUAGAUUCUCUGGCUUUAGAGACUUCACCUUCCUUUUGCUUUAAGCUGUCAUUACAGUGACUUCAUUUUUUCUUGAAUUAUAUUGGAAUUUAUAGGUAUGCCUUUCUUAUAGCAAUCCUGCAUCCACAUAAGAGCUGCAUUUUCAGUGCGAGAUAAAAAGGUGUUUUGCAAAAAAUACAAGGUUUUCGAGCUGCUGGUGUAGCUGCAGCGAUAGAUUCAUGAAUUUCCUUUUUUUUUUUUUUUUUUUUUUUACAAUAGUCCUUACAACUGGAUUCAUUAAUCUUGAAUUGGAGGGCAACCACCUGCAGAUCUCAGUCUAUGCCCCACAGGAGACAGGAUCCGAAGCAAAGUUGAGCUGACCCGAUACCUGGGCCCUGCGUGCGAUCUCACCCUCUUUGACUUCAAACAAGGCAUCCUGUGCUAUCCAGCCCCCAAGGCCCAUUCCUUGGCCAUCCCCAGCAGGAAGCGGAAGAAGCCUUCGAAGCCAGCCAAGGCUCAGAAACGUCAGGUUGGACCUUCGAAGAGCGAAGUCAGGAAGGAGGCCCCAAGGGAUGAGACCAAGGCUGAUGCUGGCACAGUCCCAGCCUCACUUCCUGCGCCUGGGUGCUGUGAGAACUGUGGAAUCAGCUUUUCAGGGGAUGGAACCCGACGGCAGCGGCUCAAGACUCUGUGCAAGGACUGCCGAGCACAGAGAAUUGCUUUCAACCGGGAGCAGAGGAUGUUUAAGCGUGUGGGCUGCGGGGAGUGUGCGGCCUGCCAGGUAACAGAAGACUGUGGGGCCUGCUCCACCUGCCUUCUGCAGUUGCCCCAUGAUGUGGCCUCGGGGCUGUUCUGCAAGUGUGAGCGAAGACGGUGCCUCCGGAUUGUGGAAAGGAGCCGAGGGUGUGGAGUGUGCCGGGGCUGUCAGACCCGAGAGGACUGUGGCCGUUGUCGAGUCUGCCUUCGCCCUCCCCGCCCUGGUCUCAGGCGCCAGUGGAGGUGCGUCCAGCGGCGUUGCCUGCGGCACCUUGCACACCGCCUCCGCCGCCACCAUCAGCGAUGUCAACGACGCCCUCCCCUAGCUGUGGCUCCCCCUGCUGGUAAACACGGCCGCCGCAGGGGAGGCUGCGACUCCAAGGUGGCUCCCCGGCGGCGCCCCCCCCGAACCCAGCCACUGCCUGCACUUCCGCCCUCGCAGCCUCCAGAGUCUCCAGAGCUGCACCCCAGAGCCCUGGCCCCCUCGCCACCUGCUGAAUUCAUCUAUUACUGUGUAGACGAGGACGAGCUACAGCCUUACACGAACCGUCGGCAGAACCGCAAGUGUGGGGCCUGUGCGGCCUGCCUGCGGCGGAUGGACUGUGGCCACUGCGACUUCUGCUGUGAUAAGCCCAAAUUCGGGGGCAGCAACCAGAAGCGCCAGAAGUGUCGUUGGCGCCAGUGCCUGCAGUUUGCUAUGAAGCGGCUGCUGCCAAGUGUCUGGGCAGGUUCCGAGGAUGGCGCCGGGCCACCCGCACCUUACCCGCGUCGAAAGAGGCCUGGCUCUGCUCGAAGGCCCCGUCUGGGUCAGACCCCGAAGCCUCCCUUGGCCAUGCCCAUGGCCCAGCCAGACCGUGCCCAGACUCCAGUGAAGCAGGAAGCAGGCAGUGGCUUUGUGCUGCCCCCGCCUGGCACCGACCUCGUGUUCUUACGGGAGGGUGCAAGCAGUCCCGUGCAGGUGCCUGGCCCAGCUCCAGCCUCCACAGCGGCUCUGUUACAGGAGGCCCAGUGCCCUGGCCUGAGUUGGGUCGUGGCCUUACCCCAGGUGAAGCAAGAGAAGGCGGAUGCCCAGGAAGACUGGACACCGGGCACAGCCAUCCUGACUUCUCCUGUAUUGCUGCCUGGCUGCCCCAGCAAGGCAGUAGACCCAGGCCUGCCACCUGUGAAGCAAGAGCCACCUGACCCGGAGGAGGACAAGGAGGAGGAGAACAAGGAUGACCCCACCGCUGACUUGGCCCCAGAGGAGGAGGCAGGAGGGGCUGGCACGCCCGUGAUCACGGAGAUUUUCAGCCUGGGUGGAACCCGCCUCCGGGACACAGCAGUCUGGUUGCCAAGGUCCAAGGACCUUAAAAAACCUGGAGCUAGAAAGCAGUAGACUGGAGGCUUCUGCAGACUGUAGGACUCAAGGUGAUAUUUACAGACCGACUUUAUGAGAGACAACACUGAUCUGCUCAGAGGCUGGACCAUAGAUGGAUUGCCAGGGCUUGUGUGGGAGUCAGUAGGAACUGGGAAAACCUACCACCAAACCAGAGGAGCAGGCCUGUUCAGUACUUUGAGCUUAUAGAGGAAGUAAGCAGAAAAGGAAGGAAAAGAGUAGAAAGUUGGUGCACCUGCUCCAACCGGUGCAAAUCCCAAGAGCCUGAGAAGUGUGGAUAUUAAGGAUGGGGGAGUUGGGAUGGGAUGUAAUUAAAGCCACCUUCAGCCUAAACAAGCCAUCAUCAUAAAUAAUUUUAAAUACAUUUGGAUGAGACCUGGCCAUGACUCUAAACAUUUCCUCAGGGAGACAGCAGUUGGGAAUGUAAUGUGAAUAAAUGAGGAAAGGAACUGCUAUUUGGUGAGUUCCUCCCAUGGACCUAGUUUAGUCCUCAGAAACAUCUUUCUAGAAAGGCAUUGGUUUUGCCCAUUUUUGCAGACAGGAAAACUGAGAUGCAGAGAAACUACAUAACUUGUCCAGUGUCGAACAGCUAAUAUUGAUAGAGCCUAGAAUCAGACCCAGGUUGUAAAAGCCUUGUCCUAAGUUAAGCCACUAAACUGUUAACUAUAACCUAUAUCUAAUAGUGUGUAAUAAUGUUAUAUUAACGCAAGUUUCCAGUGACCUUGAAAACAAGGUGGAUUACUCUAAGCUUUAUAACAAAUCCCUUAACACUGCUGCCCUUAGGGUGGUUUAGGGAGCACCAAGCCAUUGUGGAUGGUGCCACCUUAUCAGAGCACCCGCAACUCCUGAGACUGGGUUCUUCCCAGGCCUUGGGUGCUGCAUAGGAUCCCUCUAACCCAAAGGGCAUCUUUCCCCAUUGGCGCUGCUUGUUACCGUCACUCCCCGUCCUCAGCCAAAGCAGCCUUCAGAAGUAAAGCUCCUGGCCUGGUUCAUCAUUCCUCACAACUCGAAUCCCCUGUCCCUUGGUGACCUUUGUGCUUGGUUUCUGCUCUCAGCCCCUAUCUACUAGGAGUCCGAGUUCCUGCUUCACGUCCUGCCUAAGGGCCAGUCUUGGCUCAGCCCUGCCUCACUUUCCAACUCUGCAUAAAGUGCCAAGAAAAUUAGACCUGUGCUUCAUUACUUAGUUAGCUUUACAGUGGCAGGACUGAGUGCAU